AUCUAGUAGCAAUAUGGCGGCUCAUUUGUCUCGAGGACGGAUCAAUGUUGGUUUAAUACGCGAAGCUGCGCGUCGAGAAUUACUUAAUUGUCUUGACAAAUGUCCUGGAAGUAAGGCGCUUGUCUGGGAUAAUCAACUGACAGGACCGUUUGGAUUGAUUGCUGAGUACUCCUUGUUAAAAGAACAUGAAGUUGAUGCAAUGUUUCAGUUACAAGCAGGUCAACUCCCAAAGACUGUCCAACAUUGUAAACACAUUUUUUUUAUAACACGUGCUAAAGUAUCGCACAUGGAGAUGAUAGCUGACAAUGUUUUUGCUGAGGAAAAUCGAACAAGUAAAAAAGAAUAUACAAUUUUAUUUGUACCACGUAAAACAUUGCUUUGUGAGAAACGUCUUCAGGGCCUAGGUGUAAGUUUCAUUACAUUAGACGAGUAUCCAUUGAAUUUAGUUCCUUUUGAUAAUGAUCUCUUAUCACUGGAGAUGGAUGGUGCAUUUAAGGAAUGCUAUCUUGAAAAUGACACAAGCGUCUUAUAUCAUGUCACAAACUCUUUGAUGACAAUACAAGCGUUGUAUGGUAUUAUACCAAAAAUUUAUGGCAAAGGGGAAUUAGCAAAGCGCAUAGUUGAAAUGAUGCUAAGAAAACGUCGUGAAGUUAUGGAAAAUGAGAACCAGAUAACACCUCAGAUAGAUUGUUUAAUACUUAUGGAUAGAAAUGUUGAUCUUCUUACUCCUUUGUGUACCCAGUUGACAUAUGAAGGACUUAUUGAUGAAGUAUAUGGGAUACAAAACACAUCAGUGAAGCUCCCUCCAGAGAAAUUUGAAGUACCUGAUGACAAAAAGGCUGGUUUAACCAAACCUGCACAGCCUGCAGGCCCCAAGAACAUCAAACUAAAUUCAUCAGAUCAACUUUUUGCUGAAAUACGUGAUGUUAAUUUUCUUGCUGUUGGUCCUGUACUCAGUAGAAAAGCUAAACAGAUCAGUCUUGCAUUUGAGGAGCACCGAGGAGCGAAGACUGUCAGUGAAAUGAAGCAAUUUGUCAGCAAACUUCCAAACAUUCAAGCAGAAAAACACUCACUUGCCAAUCAUACAAGCAUUGCUGAACUGAUUAAAGAACAUACAGACACAGAAGCGUUUCGUGAAAAUCUUCAAAUUCAACAUGAGUUCAUCAGUGGCGUCGAUACUGAUAAAGUUAACUCUUACGUAGAGAAAUUAAUUGCUUUAAAAGAGCCGUUACUCAAAGUUCUUCGUAUUUUAUGCAUUCAAAGUUUAACAAAUAAUGGUUUUAAACCAAAAGUUCUUGAAUAUUAUAUGAGGGAACUCGUGCAGACUUAUGGACCUGAUUUAUUCUACCGUGUAUUUACACCAUUGGAUAAUGCAGGGUUUCUUCGGAUUCAAGGUGCAAAACAUUUUCCCAUACUUCGAAAGUCGUUAAAUCUUGAUGUAAAAGACGUUCAUGAGCAGAAUCCACGAGACAUUGCUUACACUUAUUCUGGUUAUGCUCCACUCAGCGUUCGCUUGGCACAAUAUGCAUCCAGACCUUCAGGUUGGCGUGGUAUCGAAGAGGUAUUGAAGUUAGUGCCAGGCCCCACGAUUGAUGAAAUCCAGCAUUUGCCACAAGGAUUAAAACGCGCUGCUUCUUUAAAUGAAAGUAUUGAGUCCGCUGAUGGACCACCUAAACUUACACUGAUCUAUUUUAUUGGUGGAUGCACUUAUGCUGAGGUUGCUGCGUUAAGAUUUCUCUCACAACAAGAUAAUGUUCAAACAGACUACUUAAUUGCCACAACGAAAAUGAUAAAUGGAAAUUCUUUGUUGGAAUCUAUUGUUGAGCCAGAAUACGUCAGUAGCAACCCUUUUCUAUAGUUGUCGUUGAUCACACAGGAAGGACUGGGGAAGACUCGCCGUGUUCGUUCGUAUGCUCUGCAUUCUAAUAAUAACUGUUGAUUAUUUGCAUGUCCUUACUAUUCAGUCAUCUUUCUUCAUGUGAAAAUCAAGGAAAGGAUAAAACUAUGAAAUAUUUAAUUUGACGAAGCAAAUUCAAGCUAUCUAAUCGCGAAAUACUUCUUUAUAUGACUAACAUUUUGCACAAACGCUAACGUGUAUUUAUUGUCAAUCAGUUGUUAGACUUUUUUCAAAAAUUUCCACCUUCAAAGUUUAAACAUACAGUUGCACACAAGUAUCUCGCGCUGUUAUACUGCUUACAUCAAAUGCUAUCUUUUUUUGUACAAUUUCCUAUGGGUAUGUUUUCUAAAGGUGUUUGUUUAGAGUAGAGGUGAUUGUUCUGUUUUUAAAGAUAUUUUUAUCAAUUUUAUAAUAGCCUGUUUGAACAAAACAAUGACACUCCCAUCACCCCUACGACGACAACACUCCCCCAAGCAAUGGUGCAUAAUUCUUGUAUAUAUGUUAAUGUUACAUUCAAAUGAACAUGAUUGGUUGAAAAAAGUCUCAUGAA